AUGUCAACAGCAGCUCUCUGCUGCUCUAACCGUCUGAAGGGCAUUGCGCAGGAGACAAGUGUAGAUGAGCUCUCGAGGUCGGAGAACACCGGCGAGGAGGAGUACGACAUGUCCCUCACGGAAGAAUUGAAACUUGAACCCAUUUUUAAUGAAGGUAACCAAACUGCGCUCUUUCCUCCUCCAUACCUCCCCCACCCCCGUCGUUUACUGCAGGUUUUCAGAGUUAUCAAUCUGAACGUUGGAGGGCAGAUCUACACCACGACACUGAGCACUCUGACGAGAUUCCCCGGGUCCAAGCUGGCCGAGAUGUUCCGUGGACGUGCCAGGUUGCCCCUCGACCCCAAAGGCAGAUACUUCAUCGACAGGAAUGGCACCUACUUCAAGUACAUCCUGGAAUUCUUGCGGACUCGAAAGCCACCAAGCUGCUUUGCUCAGGGCAUCUACCAAGAGGCGCUCUUCUACGGCAUCGAGCCCUUGGUGAAGUCCCUUGAGGAACACCCCGAAAUGUACGGCGAGCAGGUUGGAAGGCAGAACUUUUUGGCACGGGUACCGAAUUACAGGGAAAAUAUAGAGCUCAUUAUCCACCUGGCCAGGGCCGACGCUGUGGCCGCCCGACAAUCCAUAGUCAUGGUUUGUAUCGUCAAAAACGAGAAGGAUGACGCAGAAUGCCUUCAGGCUGUGAGUAACCUCAGUUCCAAUGAGGAGCCUAUUGUGAAAUUCGGACCCUGGGACCCCUCCCCAACUGUUUCCGACAUGCUGCGUUGCAUCGAGAUGGACCUAGAGAAACGAGGUUAUAAGGUUUCCUCUCAACCCCAUGUGAUGGCAAAAGGGCCACUUUCCAAGCCCUGUAACAAGUUUUACCAUUUGAUUUUCAGUUGGUGGUAAGACAUGAAAGUGGAUAUUUACAACAGGAACCUUUCCACAGAGCUGGUCUGUCCUUGUGUUCAUGCCUCACACAAGCCUCUUCAAUUGUCUCCAGCUCUCCAAGAAAGCUCUAGCAAGAAAGUCAAAAUACAAAGCCUUUGGCACAUAUACAGUGCUUAUAGAAAGUAUCCCCCUCUUUUCAUGUUUUAUUGUCUCACAACAUUGACACAGUGGAUUUACUUUGGCUUUUUCCUGAAUCUGGUCAACAGAAAAAGACUCUUUCAUGUCAAAGCACAAACAGAUCUCUACAAAGUGAUUUAAAUUAAUUACAAAUAUAAAACACAAAAUAAUUGAUUGCAUAAGUAUUCACCACCCUUUAAUAUGACACACCAAAUCAUUGCUGGUGCAGCUAAUUGGUUUUAAGAAGUCAUAUCAUUAGUUAAAUGGAGAUCUGUUUUUGGAGACCUGUGUGCAGUCAAGGUGUUUCAAUUGAUUGCUGUAAAAAUACAUCUGUAUCUCGAGGGUCCAUCUGCUGGUGAGUCAGCAUCCUGGCAAAAACUACACCAUGAAGACAAAAGAACAUUCCAAGCAACUUUGCGAAAAGGAUAUUGAAAAGCAUAAGUCAGGAGAUGGGGGUAAGAAAAUUUCCAAGUCACUGAAUAUCUCUUGGAGUACAGUUAAGUCAAACAUCAACAAAUGGGAAGAAUAUGGCACAGCUGUAAAUCUGUCUAGAACUGUUGCCUGGGUGCUUUGCCAGCCACAGCUUUAUGGGAGAGUGACAAAGAGAAAGCCACUGUUGGAAAAAAAACUGACACGAAAUCUCUGUUAGAGUUUGCCAGAAGGCACGUGGGGAGACUCUGAAGUCAGCUGGAAGAAGGUUCUAUGGUCUGAUGA